AUGGUCAACUCACUCGUCUGGUCCGCCGAGGAGGCCAAGUAUCUUCAGGCGAUUUUCCGCUGGCAAGAAACUACGGGUCCGUCUGAAGAUGAGCGGAGACGACGGCAUGAGGAAGAACGCCGACGCCUCGAAGAACAGAAGCCGGCUGGAGAAUUCCGCGUGCUAGUUAUCGGCGGAAAGGGAACCGGCAAGACCGCGGUACUGACGAGGUUUGGCCAGGGCGUCUUUCACGGCGAGUCACAGCCGCCGGACCCGUUCUAUGAACGUGGCUGUCGACACCCCAUCAGCCUCGACGUGCCCGUGGCUAAGUUUACAACGACGACGACGGCCCUUCCGCCCUCAUCUACCUCUGCCCAUCUUCAGUGGCCUAAGAACACAGGCAUAACACCAGCCUCCAAAACCCAACCCAACCUCGGCCUCAACGGCCGCCACAAUUCCAUCAACAACCUCAAGCCGAGCUCCCCCCAACCAACGCAGACCCGAAAGGAAACCUACAUCAUCGACGCGCUAGAAAUGCCCUCCCACCAUCUCCUAUCCAACCCCAUGCUCGCCCAAGCCCUCUCCAUCACCGAAGCCGCGGUGCUCCUCUACUCCGUCCGCGACGAGGCUUCACUGCGUCUCGCGACGGGCCUGGCCGAGUUUAUGCGCGAGCACUUUGCUCCCGCGCCAGGGCAGGGGCAGACCUCCAACGACGGGUCCCCGUCGGGUAAAGCAGGCAAGAAAGGGAGGCGGGGUCUGGCUGGCAGAAAGAAGAAAAAGAACAAGAAGGGUAAAAAGAAGGGAGAGACUGAUACGGGCGGGGAUGGCGACGAAGAGAGUAUGAGAUCGCCAACAGCGGUUGGAACGGUCGGGUACGCCGACAAGGGCAGGGUAUACCCCAUCAUCUUGGUCGGGACCAAGUGUGAUGGGCCGUACCGUCGUGAUGAUGACACCGACCAACCUCAGAACCAGCGGAAAAAACAACAAGAAGAAGAGUACAUCGAACCCGACCUAACGCCCGUCUCCCCAGCCCAAGGCAUCCUCGCGGCAUCAACCCUUCACACCCCCGGCCUACCCGACAACUCCAACUCCAACAACCCCAACAAACCAAGCACCACCGAAUCAGCCACCACAAGCGACAAGAACCAAACCGGCAUCCCCCACCUACACAUCUCCUCCAAAACCAACACCAACAUAACCCUCCUCUUCGAAACCAUCAGCCACCAAAUCCUCGCCGUACGCCGCGCAGCCCGCGAGAAGCGCGAGCACGAACGCCGUGAGAUGAUCCGUGAGCAGAUCCGUGUAGCCGCCGGCGAUAGUCGCAGCGGCGGUGGCGGUGGUGGCGGUGGGUUGAUCUCGUCCGCGUCUAAGGGUGGUGGUGGUAGGAAGGAGAAGAAGAUGAGGAAGAGGGGAGGGGAGGGGGGACGGGGGAGGUUUGCGUGGUGGCGGGGGUUGUUUGGUGGGAGUGGGGAGAGGAAGGGGGAUGGGGAGAAGAAGGGGGAUGGGGAGAAGAAGGGGGAUGGGGAGAAGAUGGGUGGUGUUGUUGGGGAGGAGGUGAUAAUUGGUUAA